AUGAAAAAGGGUUCUGCCCGGCUCAUCUUCGCCAGCGUGAACAAAGCACGUACGGGAACGUACACGUGCAAGAUGGAGAACACAAAAAACAUGUCUGAGAACAGACAUUCCAAAUGGAACAAGUGUGGGACAGUCAGCCACCCAGAAGAGUCAGUCAUCCCUGUGGAGUGCAGGUUCAGGAUUUGUCUGGAGAAUCUCAUGGUACCUGUGAAGUGGUACAAACCUGCAGGCUGUGGCCCUGGGGCACCUCAGACCAAUGUCACCGAGAAGGAGACCUGGACAGGACUCAGCUUCCUCCCGUGUGUCAUCUUCGGCUUAGCAGUCGGGACGCUUCUUUACAUGCCGAUAAUUUGCCUUCUGCUGUGGCAGUGCAGAAGGAACAGAAAAGGAAAGCUCACAAGCAGGCAAGUGGCGGAGGGGAAUCAGCUCAGCACGGCAUCUCCGGUGACAGGGACCGAGGACCUGACCUACGUCAACCUGGAGUUUGAAAAGAAGGGGACAAACCCCACCUCCUCCGAUGUCGUUUACACCGAGAUCAAAGCGUUGCAACAAAAGCAGAGCAGCAGGGAUGCUGGUGCUGCCAAUGCAGGGGUGGAUGUCUCCCCAGAGGGAGAGGGCAAAUGAGGGAGAAGGGAGGGAUGAGCAGCUUGUUGUACACCUGUCGAGGUCAUCAUCCCCGAAAACUAGGCGUUAGCUUGUACGGAAGUGCAAUCUUGGCGACCAAAGCCACCUAUUUACCCCCAAAUGACUGCACCACUGUGCUUUAUGCUCCCCUGGAAGAACCCAUCUCUUGCGGUGAGGACAGGGCUCUUCCAGCUGGUUUUCCCCUUGCCUUCCUGCAGCCCCAAGCACUGGCAAGCCUCGGCAACUCCUUUCACAGUCUCCGGUCACCGAUGGGUUCCUCUAGCAACUUGCUCCAUGUUUCAGUGAUGUCACCGUGCACCGCGUGGCCACCAUGGUCCAGGAAGCACUUGGUGUCCCCUUGGUGCUAGAAAUGCUGGGUGGGGUGGCCAUGAGAAGCUCCUCUCGGUGCUGAAAAGGUCCUGGAGCAAUUGUCUGGAUUUUCUCCGGAGCAGGCACCUGCUGUGAUGUGGGUUGACCUUGCUCUGGUUCACUCGCUUGAAACACAAGAAGCAAGGGUGGAAAGGCAUCGUUUGCUUCGCAGAGGUGCAAUGCAAGUGCUGCUGCAGUGAUCUGCGUGGAUCUGCUUCAUGGUGGGAGUGGACGGGUGUCCUCAUGCAUGUAGAGCU